CAUGCAGGAAGUAGGGAAUGUUUUGGUUUUGAGAGCUGUAGACAAAAAAAAAAAAAUCCCACAUGCAUGGCUACAUUGAUUGCCACUGUCAUAUCUCUGCUGGGGAUUUUGACAAGGACGUGGAAGAGGUGAUUGAGAAUUCAAAGAAGGCUGGCUUGCUGGCACUUUUGGCUGUGGCUGAACAUGCUGGGGAAUUCACCAAAAUCAUUGAGUUUUCUGAGAGAUUUCCGGGUUUUAUUUUCCCCUGUUUGGGAGUCCAUCCUGUUCAGGAAGCUUCCCCAGAGCAACAGAGGAGUGCGUCUCUUCAGGACCUUGAUGCAGCUCUACCCAUCAUAGAGAAAUACAAAGACCGGCUUGUCGCAGUUGGAGAGGUUGGCUUGGAUUUUACUCCCAGGUUCGUCAACGGCGAGUCUGAUAAGGAGACUCAAAAGCUGGUUCUCAUCCGUCAAGCACAGGUUGCCAAGGAGCUGGAUCUCCCUCUAAAUGUUCAUUCAAGGUCUGCAGGACGACCCACCAUCCACCUCCUGAAGGAGCAAGGUGUCGAAAAAGCCCUUCUUCACGCUUUUGAUGGGAAGCCUUCUGUUGCAAUGGAGGGAGUGAAGGCUGGAUAUUUCUUCUCUAUCCCCCCAUCCAUAAUACGCAGCGAGCAGAAGCAGAAACUCGUAAAACAGCUGCCUCUGGAGAACAUCUGUUUGGAAACCGAUUCGCCUUCUUUGGGCCCAGAGAAGCAGGUAAGAAAUGAGCCCCGAAACAUCUGCGUCUCUGCCGAGUACAUCAGUAAGGUCAAAGGCGUGUCGCUGGAGACGGUGAUGGAGGUGACGACCCAGAAUGCCCUGCGGCUCUUCCCCAAGCUCAAGUCUGCCAUCCGACCCUGACGGCUACGUCAGUAAUCCAGAAAUGUCCCGAAUAUUUUCACAUAAGAUUCUGUACAUCACCAUGUGAUUAAAAGCUUUUAAAAUCACGACUGUUGAGGGAUUUUUAACAGUUUAACAGUUUUCUUUGUAAGAAAAACAACCUACUGAAUUGUCUCAUUAAUUUAAAUACUAACAUUUUCUGUUAAUAAUUCUUCAAACUUGUUAUUUUUCUUGCAAAUUUAUUGCAGUGAGGGAGUGACAUUUUAUUUACAGAACUGGAGGGGAUACUUCCAAAGCAUUCUGUAUUUUAUAGCCCAACAACUGAAAACAGCAGAAACUGACAAACUGGGUGAAGGACGCUAAGGUAAAGCAACCAGAGCUCACUGUUAGAAAAAUUGUUAUAUCUAAUUUAAAGAAAUUUACAUCAGUACCAAAGGUAUGCAACAUUUAAGAUUGGUUCCAAUGUCAUUAGUUGUCGGUAGUUUGAAUUUAAAUGCCUUUCAUAGCUGUGAUUGGAGAGAAACAGUGUCGAGUUUUGAAAAUAAAAUGUUUUCCUUUU